AUGACGCCACUGCUUUCUUGGGUCCCGAUACACAGCCCAGCGUCGGCAGCCGCGGGAAGCAUGUCCAGGUCGGACUCUGCCACCCCAGCGGCAGAGAGCUGUGGUGUCAACGUUGGCGACUUCAUUUCCAACGUCAAGCCCCUCGUCGAUGCCCUUCCCGCCAAUAGCCUGCAGAAACACACUCUUCAGCUUCAGAUGGCGGAAGCUGAUCGAAUAUUCAACUCGGAGUCGCAACGAGAAGAAGAAGUGCGUUGCGUGCUGCUGGAUCGGAUCUUCGACCCUGAGUGCAGCUUUACAGCCCAUCACGCGGCCAAGUUUGCCCGUUUGCUAGAUAAGAGGCCAGUUUGUUACGCAACGACACGGCCUGACGGCCGCGGCGUCUCUCCCGCGCUUAUCCUCCACCUGGCGGCCGUGGUGCGAAGCGAGCCGCUCCAAGAUGCCGUUGCGGAUCCUGUCAGCCAGUCUUGGCUGUUCUCGCAGUGGUGCAUUCUCUACAGCAGCCUCGAGGCCCCCGAGGCCGUAAACAUGCUGGAGUCAGGCAUGCUGCGCCAGCUAUAUGGCAUCGACCUGCUGCGCAUGACGGAGCACAAGCGCCAGCUGCUCGACAGGACGGACAAUGUGCGGGACAUCUUUAUCUGGACGCGCAAUGCGCUCAGCGGCAUGCCACGUCUGCUGUACCUGUGCGACAUUCUUCGGCCGGGGGAACGCAACGCCCCAGCCAUCACCAAGGUGCUGGACUCGCUGGACGCCAUGGCCGGCCCGCUCGGCAGGGCAUUGACGGCAAGAUUCUCGGGCAUGUCCGUCGCCGCUGCAGGCUCCGCCGCGGAGGAGCAGGCCGGGCCCGACAGCAAGUACGUGAGCAUCAAGACCGCGUUCGAGCUCGCAAAGGAGUCCGGGAGCUUUCUGCCGUUUUGCGAAUCCAUGCGGGCCUUCCUCGUGCAGGCCAGCGCUGAAAAUGAUGCAUCCGCCACUGUUGCGGUCGGAGUUCAGGUCAAUAUGAUGCUCGCGUACAUCAAGGCCCGGGAGCUUGCCCGCCUCCAACCCAACAUGGGCAGCCCGGCCGGACGACCAGUUUCGAGGAGAGGCAGCAAACGCCCAAGGACUGGCAACUGA